UUCUAAUCUAACAAUCAUAGUAAGCAACUUAUCUUCUUUGUUCUUUGCUUUCUCCAAACUUCUUAAGUUCCUAUAAAUCUGAAGCAACUUUUUGCUUUGUUUUGAUUGAAACACAAUAUAAUAAAUCUGUCACAACUUUUUUGCUUUGUUUAAUGGUGGGCCUAUCCGGGUCCUGAAAAUGAAAAAUCGGUACAAGCUGCAGGGAAACACUUGCAGUUGGUUGGUUUCAGUGGAAGGCCAAAUAUUAAUGGCUGAACUAUGUUGGUGCUGGCAAUGUAGAUUAAACAUGGAGUGAAAGGACGAUGGAAGGGGAGGAUAGUUUGAGAACUUUAGAAUGUUUAAAGGGGAGAUUGCUUGCAGAAAGAGUGGCUUCAAGGGUUGCCCAAGAGGAAGCAGAGCAAAUGGGAAACAAGCUUAUUGAGCUACAGACCCUUUUGAGAGCAGAGAUAAAAUCAAGGAACAAAGCUGAAAAGAAACUGAAAUUCCUAACAAAGAAGCUCGAGUCCAUGAACAUAUCCUAUGUUUGUGAUGAAUCAGAGCAUUCCAGCUUGUUCGAGAAGAGUGAAAUUUCCCAUGUGAUAUCUACAGCUUCUUCAAGUACAAAAGGACCAGAAGAUAAGGAACCCAUUACCCAAAUCACAAACUCUACACAAUGUGACAUUGAAGAACCAAUGGAGAAGACAGAGUCCCCAGUGCCAGUGGUCUUAAAGAAUUUGAAGUACAAUGUAUCACCAUCUAGUACAUCAGGUCAAAGCUACAGUAGUCCUUCAAAUGAAGAGACUUUAAGUUUUACAAAUAAAGCUGAUUCUGAAAAUUCCAAUGAGGUUAACUCGGGGCAAAACUACCAUGAUUCGAAGACUUGUGAUCAUAGCUCAAAAUCUUCAAUUGAAGAAAAGGAUGUUAAUAAUGGAGAAAAUGACCAGAAAGAGGAUGGCUAUGUUGACAACUCAUUGGCAUUAGUUCCACUUGAUUUGCCAAAGACGACACCCAUCAUUGAUCAAGAAACUCUUGAUGCAACUGUUAAAGAUGUUCUUGAUGCUUUAAGGCGUGCUAAAGAAAAGCUUCAGAGUUCAAUGGAGAGAAGACAUAUGAUUAGAGUUGGCUCAAGAUAAAUUUGUGUGGCUUAUGCAGUGAUAUAGAAGAUGUUUUGAAUUAGCAAUAACUUCUUUGAUGUUUUGAAUUAGCAAUAACUUCUUUGAUGUUUUGAUUUGUGUGACUUUGUAGUUCCCUGGAUAAAAAACUUCAUUUGG